AACAGAAGAGGUAAAAAGAAAAUAUAGCAAAACAAUCGGGAGGUUCAUGGCGGAGAUUGUUCCUUUUACGAACGCUUCAAUGGCAUAAAUUUCCGCCCCUUACCUUUUCUCCUUCUCUCUCCCUCUGUUACUCUUGAUCCAAAUCAUCCUCACGUUCAUUCAUAUUGGUUUAUUUUCGUGUUGUCAUUUCUCGCAUUUCUGAGUUCAUCUAGGGUUUUAGGGUUUUCCUUGUUUGCUCGUAACGGAGAUGGCUAAUUGAAGGUGCGGAAGGUGGAGGAAGAAGAGAGUUUAUUUCUAGGGCUUUUUUGGGUUUCCUCAGGUGUAGAUCUGAGGCUGUUUUUUUUUGUUAAUUGCUUGAGAUUUCCCCCCAUUUUUGUUGUGCGAUUGCUUGGUUCGGGUUCUGGGGAGGAAUUCGAAGAAGGGAAGCGAGAGGCAAUGAGCGCUUCAAGGUUCAUAAAGUGCGUGACUGUCGGUGAUGGAGCUGUCGGUAAAACCUGCUUGCUGAUUUCUUACACCAGCAACACGUUUCCUACGGAUUACGUCCCGACCGUUUUUGAUAAUUUUAGUGCAAAUGUGGUUGUCAAUGGAAGCACAGUGAACCUAGGAUUGUGGGAUACUGCAGGGCAGGAAGAUUAUAACAGAUUAAGACCAUUGAGUUAUCGCGGUGCUGAUGUUUUCAUUUUAGCGUUCUCUCUCAUUAGCAAGGCUAGUUAUGAGAAUGUGUCCAAGAAGUGGAUCCCCGAGUUGAAGCACUAUGCACCUGGUGUCCCGAUAGUUCUGGUUGGCACUAAACUUGAUCUUCGGGAUGAUAAACAGUUCUUUAUCGACCACCCUGGUGCUGUGCCUAUUACCGCUGCUCAGGGAGAGGAGCUGAGGAAACUAAUCGGAGCGCCUUCUUACAUUGAGUGCAGUUCCAAAACACAAGAGAAUGUGAAGGCAGUGUUCGAUGCAGCGAUCAGAGUUGUGCUUCAGCCUCCCAACCAGAAGAAAAAGAAGAGCAAAGGACAAAAGGGCUGCUCCAUUUUGUAAUCUCCUCUCCUUUUUUCCCUUUACUCCUCGGCUUGUGGCCGUGAAGCUCGGCCAGUUCUAACUUUCCUUGUGAUGACACUCUUUAGUUCUUGGAAAAGAAUUGUGGUUUAAAGCCUCUUCUGUUCUGUUACUGAUAGAGCAGUUCAUAUCUAUAUAUAGCUGAGCUUAGAGUUUAUAUAUAUAUAUAAUCAGAGCAUUAGUCUCUC